AUGGCGUUCUGGGGCCAUGUCGCAGAAUGGGGCGCGAACACUGUUGCCCCGGCCGUUGUUGGUCUUGCAAUGAACGCCAAAGAGCUCGGCGAGGAGGUGGGAGGCCAGGCUGCUGAGUGGGCAGCUAAUGAAGUUGCUCCUCGUGCUGUUGGCCUUGCGAUGGAGGCACAGAAGCAUGCUGAGCAGGUGGCAGAAUGGGGUUCUAAGGAAGUUGCUCCUCGUGCUGUCGGUCUUGCAAUGGAGGCUCAAAAGCAUGCUGAGCAGGUGGUAGAAUGGAGUGCAAAGGAGGUUGCCCCUCGUGCUGUCGGUCUGGCAAUGGAGGCACAGAAGCAUGCUGAGCAAGUGACUCCCGCUGUUAUUGGCCUUGCCAUGAACACCAAGGAACAUGCCGAGCAGAUCUCUGGACACGUCGCUCACUGGAGCACUCACCACUUUAUUCCUGCUGCCGCCGGAUUAGCUCGCAACGCGGGGCGACAUUAUAAGCAGGCAUCCCCGAACCAACGAACGGUGAUACGGAGACUGGUCUCUUUCGGCUUGAUUCUGGUGGCCGAAGGCUUUGGUAUACCACUCCCCAAGUUGCUCAUCGAGCCCGUGCAUUCUCUGGAAUCUGAACACAGGGCAACCGGGAAUGAAACAGGAAACGGUGUGGUUGGCUUUUUGAUUACAAUUGCCACGCGUAAUAAUGUUGUUGUUGGGAGCAUCGUUGGGUUGAUAGCGUGGCUGCCCCUGUGUUGA